GUGGCCGUCUUCUCGGCGCGCCGGUGGGAGUAUUCUCGAGGCGCCGGAAGUCCGUAGCACGUGACCGGGUGACAGUGCUCGCUGGCUCUAGGGCUCGCUGUAGGUGCUCCUGCACGGGAUGGCGGAGGCACCUCCUGUCUCAGGUACUUUUAAAUUCAAUACAGAUGCUGCUGAGUUUGUUCCUCAGGAGAGAAAAAAUUCUGGUCUCAAUUGUGGGACUCAAAGGAGACUAGACUCUAGUAAGACUGGUAGAAGAAAUUAUAAUUCACCACCUCCCUGUCACGUUUCCAGGCAAGUUCCUUAUGAUGACAUCUUUCCUGUUCAUCAGCAUAGUUAUCCUUCUGGAAACAAACCUAAAAGUCAACAGAAUUCUUUCCAGUCAUCUGCUUCUAAUAAAUCACCCAAGAACCAUGGCCUUCAGAAUCAACUUUGGCAAAAAUCAAAGAGUGAAAAGCAACAUAUCAGAGUAAAGAAAGUACAAGGUGUCACUGAGCAGAACUCAGAUACAACUGAUAUAGAAAGUGUGUUGAGAUCAGAGAAUGGGACAAAUCCCAGAGAGCAUAGUCCUUCUGAGAGUGAGAAGGAAGUUGUCAGUGCAGAUCCCAGGGGAGCGAAACCAAAAAAGACAACACAGUUUAUAUACAACCAUGGUAGAGGACCAAAAGUCAAGGGGAAACUCAGAUGUGAAUGGAGUGGCAAAGUAACUCCAAAACCUGAGGAUGCCAGACCUGAAAAUACCAAACCUGUGGGGAUUUCCCACCCUGACUCUUUAGAUGCAUCCAUUAGAAAAGGAGUAUUGGAUGGGUAUGGGGCUAGAAGGAAUGAACAGAGAAGAUACCCACAGAAAAGACCACCGUGGGAAGUUGAGGGGGCUAGGCCAAGACCAGGCAGGAAUCCACCAAAACAGGAAAGCCAACGACAUAUGAACACAGGACCCAAGAACAACAUGGUCCCGGUUCUGAAAGAUAAGCUCAGUGAAAGACCAGCAAAAUCUGCCUGUGAUAGUGGGAACCUGGCAGUUGUCAGCAAGUCUUCCAGAAGAGCUGACCAAGAAAAAUGCACCGUAAGGAGGCAGGAUCCUCACGUAGUAUCUCCUUUCCCCCGAGGCAAGCAGAACCAUGUGCUAAAGAAUGUGGAAACGCACACAGGCUCUCUAAUUGAACAGCUAACUACAGAAAAAUAUGAGUGCAUGGUGUGCUGCGAAUUGGUUCGUGUCACAGCCCCAGUGUGGAGUUGUCAAAGCUGUUAUCAUGUGUUUCAUUUGAACUGCAUAAAGAAGUGGGCAAGGUCUCCAGCAUCUCAAGCAGAUGGCCAGAGUGGUUGGAGGUGCCCUGCCUGUCAGAAUGUUUCCGCACAUGUUCCUAAUACCUACACUUGUUUUUGUGGCAAGGUAAAGAAUCCCGAAUGGAGCCGGAAUGAAAUUCCACAUAGCUGUGGUGAGGUUUGUAGAAAGAAACAGCCUGGCCAGGACUGCCCACACUCCUGUAACCUUCUCUGCCAUCCCGGACCCUGCCCACCCUGCCCUGCCUUUAUGACUAAAACAUGUGAAUGUGGACGAACCAGGCACACAGUUCGCUGUGGCCAGGCCAUCUCAGUCCACUGUUCUAGCCCAUGUGAGAAUGUUCUGAACUGUGGUCAGCAUCACUGUGCUGAGCUAUGCCAUGCGGGUGAGUGCCAGCCAUGCCGGAUCAUACUGAACCAGGUAUGCUACUGUGGCAGCACCUCCCGAGAUGUGUUAUGUGGAACAGACAUAGGAAAAUCUGAUGGAUUCGGGGACUUUGGCUGUUUAAAGAUCUGUGGCAAGGACUUGAAAUGUGGGAACCAUACAUGUUCUCAAGUGUGCCAUCCUCAGCCUUGCCAGCUAUGUCCACGCCUCCCCCAGCUGGUGCGCUGUUGCCCUUGUGGCCAAACUCCUCUCAGCCAGUUGCUAGAACUUGGAAGUAGUAGUCGGAAAACAUGCAUGGAUCCUGUCCCAUCCUGUGGAAAAGUGUGCGGCAAACCCCUGCCUUGUGGUUCCUUAGAUUUCAUUCAUACCUGUGAAAAGCUCUGCCAUGAAGGAGACUGUGGACCAUGCUCUCGCACAUCAGUUAUUUCCUGCAGAUGUUCUUCUAGAACAAAGGAGCUUCCAUGUACCAGUCUCAAAAGUGAAGAUGCUACAUUUAUGUGUGACAAGCGGUGUAACAAGAAACGGUUAUGUGGACGGCAUAAAUGUAACGAGAUAUGCUGUGUGGAUAAGGAGCACAAGUGUCCUUUGAUUUGUGGGAGGAAACUCCGCUGUGGCCUUCAUCGAUGUGAAGAACCAUGUCAUCGUGGGAACUGUCAAACAUGCUGGCAAGCCAGUUUUGAUGAGUUAACCUGCCACUGUGGUGCAUCAGUGAUCUACCCUCCUGUUCCCUGUGGUACUAGACCCCCUGAGUGUACCCAAACCUGUGCCAGAAUCCAUGAAUGUGACCAUCCAGUGUACCAUUCUUGUCAUAGUGAGGAGAAAUGUCCUCCUUGUACUUUCCUGACUCAGAAGUGGUGCAUGGGCAAGCAUGAGUUACGAAGCAACAUCCCCUGUCACCUGGUUGAUAUCUCUUGCGGAUUACCCUGCAGUGCCAUGCUACCAUGUGGAAUACACAAGUGCCAAAGACUCUGUCACAAAGGAGAUUGUUUUGUGGAUGAGGCCUGCAAGCAGCCCUGCACCACCCCCAGAGCUGACUGUGGCCACCCCUGUAUGGCGCCCUGCCACCCUACCUUGCCCUGCCCUUUGACUGCUUGUAAAGCCAAGGUAGAGCUACAGUGUGAAUGUGGACGGAGAAAAGAGAUGGUGAUUUGCUCUGAAGCAUCCAGUACUUAUCAAAGAAUCGCUGCUAUUUCCAUGGCUUCUAAAAUAACAGACAUGCAGCUUGGAGAUACAGUGGAGAUCAGCAAGUUAAUUACCAAAAAGGAAGUUCACCAAGCCAGGCUGGAAUGUGAUGAGGAGUGUUCAGCCUUGGAAAGGAAAAAGAGGUUAGCAGAGGCAUUUGAUAUCAGUGAUGAUUCUGAUCCUUUCAAUAUACGUUCUUCAGGAUCAAAAUUCAGUGAUAGUUUGAAAGAUGAAGCCAGGAAGGACUUGAAGUUUGUCAGUGACAUCGAAAAGGAAAUGGAAACGCUUGUGGAGGCUGUGAAUAAGGGAAAGAAUAGUAAGAAAAGCCACUGCUUCCCUCCCAUGAAUAGAGAUCACCGCCGGCUCAUCCACGACCUGGCCCAAGUUUAUGGCCUGGAGAGUGUGAGCUAUGACAGUGAACCAAAGCGCAAUGUCGUCAUCACUGCUGUCAGAGGGAGGUCCAUUUGUCCUCCUACCACAUUGACAGUUGUGCUUGAAAGAGAAAUGCAGACACGGCCUCCGCCACCAAUUCCUCAUCACAGACAUCAGACAGACAGGAGUCCUGGGAGCAGUAAUUUACAGAAAAUAACCAAGGAGCCAAUAAUUGACUACUUUGAUGUCCAGGACUGAGAAGAUCAUGAUGCACUUAGAUAAAAGAAUAAUUAGGUGUAGUGGAGACUCAUUUGCCAGCAGAUAAAUCAUGCUCAUUCCCCACCACCUGAUGGAAUCACAGCCUCACAUGUCUUGUACUGAUACAUCCAAAGCAUGAUUGUAUCAUAAAUCCCCUUGUCUAUUUCUGUCUAUAUAAAAUGUUUCAGUAUGGCCAGA